UCACACUGCGGUGGAUGUGACGCCAUUUCCGGUACCACAGUGGACUUCCUGUUUCUGUAUAGCCGGACUCCAUCGUAUCUAACAACAGUAGGUCUGCAGCCAGACCUUUUUCACUCUGCGAACAAAUUGUCGUGCAUCGUGUGCAAGAAGACUUCUCCAUCCAUGGCCAGCAGCAGCCUGGGGGCCGAGGCCUCUGAGAGCCCGCAGGACAGCCGGUAUUCAAGCUUCCAUCGCUGCAUCCAGUCUCUGGUGCACGCCUGCCACUGCCACAAUGCCAGCUGCACGGUGCACGUCUGCCAGAAGAUGAAGCGCAUGGUGCAGCAUUCCAAGGGCUGCAAGCGCAAGACCAAUGGCAGCUGCCCCAUGUGCAAGCAGUUCAUUGCGCUCUGCUGCUACCAUGCCAAGCGCUGCCAGGAUGGCACGUGUCCCGUGCCCUACUGCCUCAACGUCAGGCAAAAGAUGAUGCGCCAGAGCAUGGCCACCCUGUCCCCGCAGCAGCAGGAGGUCCCUCCCCAGCAGCAGCCCCCCCCCCAGGGGCCCCAAGCAGCCAUGCCCAUGGAGAGCCCCCUGAUGCCCCAGCAACCACCCUGCCUGCCUGGGGCUGCUCCGCCGCCGCAGGGCCCCAUCACCGCCACCGCUCUGCAAGACCUGCUGCACGCGCUUAAUUCCCCCAGCUCACCGGAACAGCAACAGGAGGUCCUCCGCAUCCUCAGGUCCAACCCGCAGCUCAUGGUCGCCUUCAUAAAGCAGCGAGCAGCCAAGUACCAGGCCAGCCAGCGGGCAUAGCAGCGGGCAUUGCAGCGCAGGCAUUGCAGCAGCGGCUGCAGCAGGUGCAGAUGAUGCGUCGCCACAUGACCACCAUGCACAUGAAACUUAAAACGGGGAUAAUCUUUUGUUAAAUCGUUCAAGUCACUACACAAAAUGCUUAAAUAACUAAUUUCUUACUUAUAUACCAUAUUGUUAAAUAGGCAACAGGCAGAAACUCCUGGCUGAGUAUGAUGUGCAUUUGCGUAGCUUGGUAAACAUGUGACAGUGAAACAGACAUGUCAGAUUUCUAACCUUGAUGAGACGGAGAAACGUGACGUCCUCGGGUACCGUGCUGCUGCCGCGGCUGCGCUGAGAAGCGUCUCCUCUAAACUGUCCACCCGACGGGUCCAGACCAUGCAGUUACCUAAUGCCAGCGCCGGCCGGUGCGGCUAUUCUGUGUAUUUUAAAUUAACACGGUACAGAAAAGUGAUGGAUGGAUGGAUGGAUGGAUGGUAUAUAAACACAUUGUAAACUAAUGGCAUGUCAUAACCGCAAUUUAAACGCAAUUAAAAUAGGGAAAAGACCAAAGUCAUAUAAGAAAUGCGAAUAUAAUUGAAUGAGUAGUUUCUACAUUUUUGAAAAGUAUGUCAUACAUGAACAUAAUUUAAUGCAAUCCUAGAUCUACUGUCUGGUGGCAGGUAGCGACAGUAUGCCAAGAGGUGAGCCUUCCAGCGACGGCUAAUUUAAUUGCUUCCCUAAACUACUGAUUAGAGUUAACAUCUAUCCGUCAGCGUGGCUUUUAGGCGUACGGGCAAAUAAUCGUCUAUGCCGCUUACCCUACUCUGCUCUGUUAUUAAAGUAUCAAAGUUUUACUUGUCACAUACACAAUUAUACUCUGUACAACGUGCAGUGAAAUGCAUGGUUUGCCUUGCCCCAAACUGUGAACGGAGGACGUAGGUUUAAGCGGCAAGACAUAUUACGUAUUAACAUUUAACAUUAAUAAUAAUCAAGAAUGUCCGUGGUGUGCAAAAUUGGCAGGUAGUGGAGGUAGUGCAAAGACUCCAAGAAAAAAUAUUUACAUAUAUACUGUAUAAAUUGUACACGUGUGGGCUGAGUCGGCUGUUCUGAACAUUGGUGUGUGGGUCCUAAACACUGUCCUCACUGAGGAUCUGAAUUACCGUUCUUACAGUAAUAUUUAGUUCUUGUGUCAUUUACAGAUAUUCUUCCUGAGUUUCUUCCUAUGGUUGUAUACUCUAUUAAAACAUAUUACUACUACUAACUAUAUUUACAUGCCAUGUAAGUGUUGAGUGUGCAUAGCAAUUGUAAGUUUGUCUAGGUUUUUGUUUUGUCUAGGUUGUGCAAGGUAUUGGAAUUAUUUAGUUUUAAUAAAUUAGUAAUGAACAGACCAGUGCAAAAACACGUUUUCAGGCAACAGUUUAAUAAAAACCAGUUUUCCCCUCA